AAUUGGAAUCUAAAACCUUGACAAAUCAACCCUGGCUUUUGGAACAGCCACUCUCUCUCUCUCUCUCGGCUGAUAUUAUCAACAAUGGAUGGCGAGCUUCAAGACUGGGAGCUCCUCCACCACAAUUCUGAUUCCGAACCAAUUCCCUUCGACGACAUAGAUUCCACCGGCUUCAUCCACGCCGAUUAUUUCUCCCUGGACUCUCUCAAACGAUACGCCCACAAUUCCGAUGACAACAACUCCGCCGUCUCCGAUAAUCCUAGCUGGAUUGAUCCAAGCUCCGACGACAAUCCCGCUCGCUAUCUCCACAAGGAAUCCACCGAAUUCUGGUCCGAUUCCAGCAGCGAAAGGUCUGAAGAUCGCAACAGGUUCACCGAUUUCUCAGCUAGAAAUGAAAUAGGUUUUCACGAAGGAAUUAGGGAAGUUGGUGAAAAGGGGGAUAAAGUGGAUUCGAAUCGAAUUGAGGCAAAGUCUAGCAGCGUUUCCGAAGAAUUAGACAAAGUGGAGGAGAAGAUGGAGAGUGGAGAUGAUCAUAUGGGAAACGAAGAGAUUGAUAAGAAAAGUAGUCAUGUGGUAGUGUGGUGGAAGAUGCCAAUGGAGUUUGUAAACUACUUUGUGUUUCGGAUGAGUCCGGUUUGGACAGUCUCUGUGGCGGCUGCUUUCAUGGGGUUUGUGAUUUUGGGGCGCAGGUUGUAUAAGAUGAAGAAGAAGAACAGGGCUAGGGGACUGCAGAUUAAGGUUGCUGUUGAUGAUAAGAAGGUUUCUCAGGUGAUGAGCCGUGCAGCUCGUCUGAACGAAGCAUUCUCAGUUGUGAAACAUGUACCUCUAAUUCGGCCUUCACUACCUGCCAUUGGCAUCACAAGCUGGCCUGCGAUGGCUAUAAGAUAAGCGGGUCGCAUUGCCUGUAAGACAGCUGAUGGGGGUAGUAUAUGUAUUAUCAAGUUGAAGACUAUGUUUAGUGUCCAGUUAUUGUGUAUAACGCAAGUAUUGUAUGUUUGGAUAUUCAAUGUGAGUUGAUUCAUAUCGAAAAUGUGAAGCUAAAAUAAGAUCAACUUCAAUACCUAA